CCACAAUUGAAAGAAUUUAAAUUCAUUCCUGUUGAAUUUGAGCCCCCUCCGCAAAGACCUUUGAACCCAAGACAAAUAAAUCGAAUAAUGAAAAGGAGGGAGGCGAGAAAGAAGAUCGGCAAUAGAAUUAGGGCUACCAGAAAAAAG